UUCGAGUACUUUCCGGGAUCGACGAUGCAUUUCACAAAAGGAGGAACUGCAGCCACCAAUGUGGUUGCACAAUUCGAAAUGAUUUUACAUUGUCAUACAUGAAGCGUUUUAAAAAGUUCCUAGACGAAAAUUCACUAAAUGCGGAUAAACACAAUAUCGACAGCGCUAUCGUGUUGUUGAGUGGACGUGUUUUCGGACUGAUAAUUACGAAUUUUAAUUUAUAAUUAACGUGCAUGCAUUUUCUGCAGCUAUAAUCACGUAAGAAGAAGUAAAAAUGUCACAGAUGUGUGUGAAUGGUUGUCAAUGUAAUUGUUAACAUGUACAUCCAUAUAGUUGUACAUAAAUACGUCAGCGUUAUUCGCUCUGACAGUUUUUAUACAAACAAAAGCUAACUAAUGAUUAAAUAUUGAAAAACAGGUACAUAAAUUAGACAAUUUAAAAUGUUGCUCCAACAUUUUGCAGAUUUUUUGAGCCUUAUAACAAUAGGUAUGUGUUUCAUAUUAAAGAUUCCUCAGAUUUUGAAUUUAUUGACUGCUAAAUCAGCAGAUCAGAUCUCAGUUGUAGGCCUUUUAUUAGAAUUGACUAGUUAUACUGUGAUGACUAGUUAUAAUUUUACAAAUGGUUAUUCAAUACUAUCUUAUCUGGAAUAUCCUGUUAUUUUAUUACAGGAAUAUAUUUUAAUAUUCCUAGUUUUAAAGUAUUUAAAUAAAAUAAACACAUCCUCAAUUCUAGUCUCAAUACUUUAUUUUAGCAUAAGUAUUUCAUUUGCAAUGCAACUUAUCCCAAAAGUCGUUCUUACGAUUUUAGCGCCAUUGUGUACCCCAAUUUCUGUCUCGAGCAAAAUUGUUCAAUUAAUGGCCAUUUAUCAGGCGAAAAAUGCGGACACAGUAUCGCCGAUUACUUGGUUUAUUUCCGCAUUUACUAACUUAACGAGAGUAUUUACCAUAUGGAUGGAUUCUGCAGACAUUUUACUACUAGGAAAUUUUAUCAUCUCUGUGAUUUUGAGUUCGAGUAUUAUGUUUUCCGCUAUUUAUUAUAGAUGGAAUCGAGUAAAACGAGAUUAAAAUGCUCAAAAGCGACACAAUGCUGUGAAUCUGGUCAAAUGUAUGUGCCAUGUGGUCCUUCUUCCUCGGUAUUUAUCAAUGAAAAACAAUGCAACUCUAUAGCAAUAUGUACUUAUAAACUUAAACGAACAUUAAUUCUAAAAGCGUACAUUAUUUAUUGUACAUAGGUGAACAUUCAAAGUGAAUAAAAAAAUUUUACCAAUAGAUUAAA